ACGUCGCAAAAGCCAUGUAGCUAGCUAGUGGCUGGACAUCCUGCCUGACUUUCGGACACGGGAAACUCACACCAGUAGUUUCGCGGAGUAAAUCGAGGCGAGAUGGCGCUGUGGAAUGCCCUCGCGCCGGCCGCCACCGUCGCGCAGCUGGUCGGCGCGGACGCCGCGGGGCUCAUCUCGGCGAUCCUGCACGCCGUGCGCACGGCGCGGCGGAACAGGAAGGAGUGCCGGUCCCUCGCGCGCCACGUGAUGAUGGUGGCGGACCUGCUGCAGCUGGUGCAGCAAGGGUCGGAGACGAUGCGGCGGCCGGAGGUGAGGAGGGCGCUAGACGGGCUGGGCGGCGUGCUCCGGCGCGCGUACGAGCUCGUGGAGUCCUGCCAGGAGCGCGGCGCCGCGUACGGGUUCAUCAUGGCCGGGAGGCAGGCGGAGCAGUUCCGGGACGUGCAGGGCGAGAUCGACUCGUACCUCCUCGUCUUCCCCGUCGUCAGCCACAUCGACAUCACCAUCCGCCUGGAUAGGAUUUACAACAUGCUGCUUCCUUCAGGUCAUGAUAACUCCCAGCAGGUGCCAGAGGUGGUGCCAGGUCUACCUACCAGCCAUUUGGAACUUGAUGCUAGGAACGAAGGAAGUGCCUUAGGGGGGUUUCAGUUGGAAAGCAGUCAAACUAUAACAGAGAUUUUUGAGUUCGAGGAACUUCAAAGAGCAGAGCUUUUGGCUUAUGAUUUACUGAAGGCUGCUGCGAAUAAUUUCUCAUCUGAAAAUAUAAUUGGAUUUAGUGAUUGGUCUGCUAUUUACAAGGCUCAUAUAGGUGACGGACUUGAGGUCGCGAUCAAAAUAUAUACUAACAAUACAAGAAGUGCAGCUUCUCAGUAUGACAAUGAAUUUCAAGUUGUUGAGAAGCUUCAGCACACAAAUAUAAUCAAGCUUCUGGGACGCUGCACCGGACGAGGGGAGAAUGUUUUGGUCUAUGAGUACAUGCCCAACGGGAGCUUGGACAAAAUUAUCUUUGAUGUGACAAGAACGGCAUCGCUUGACUGGAUGUCGCGCUUCCAUAUAAUGGAAGGGAUAGCCCAGGGCGUUCUUUAUCUGCACACGCAUGAGCUAUGCAUUGUGCACAAGGAUUUGAAGCCUAGCAACAUUCUUCUGGAUUCCAAUAUGAAUGCUAAGAUAAAUGAUUUUGGUAUAGCCAAAAUGUUAUUAUGCCCAGGAUCAUACGACACGAGAAUUGUAGACGGAACAUUAGGUUAUAUGGCUCCUGAAGUUGUUUGUGGUAUUUUAUCUACCAAGGCUGAUGUGUAUGCCUACGGUGUCAUUCUUCUUGAGGCCAUUUCUGCAAAGAAACCCCAUGGUGCCUAUCUACAAGAUGAUCAGCUUAUGACUUUACCUCAGCAUAUGGUCUAAUUGUCAGAGACAACUUCACGUUUGAUGAGAUGGCCGAAGGACGAUCUGAAAAACAGUCUGGCAGCUGUUUGCUAGGGACAAAGGAGCUUACAGCCCUGUGGCUGGGAUAGAUCCAUUGGAAAGAGGUGGGCAGACAAGGCAUGUCGACUCUGGCUCGACUCCGAUAACGCAACUCCGGGAGGGCCAGGCCCACUUAUACCCUGCCACAAGAAAUCACAUACAAUAGGCCCAUGUCAGUAGUACACCGAGAAAUGGCUCUGCUGCAAUGGAUGGCAUAAUAGGAUUUUGCUUAGGGAUUAUUUGGUAUGGAUUUAGAUUUUUUUAAAAUAUUUUUGUUUCAAAUUUAUUUUGAAAAUGUUUUUUUGGUGAAUCAGAAUCACAUUGGGAAAUCGUUUAGUAUCUGGCUAGAUUUGGUUUCUUGAAUGAGAGGAUGGUGGUGCAAUUGACUAAUUUACCCUUGUCUUGAUUUGCUUCUUUUUUGUUUUUAGUGAGUACUUCAUGGUUACUAGUAAUUUUAACAUGUAGGGCAUGUCAAAAUAGAACCAACAAAACUAGUUUUAUAAUUGUUGGAGCUAUAUUCUUUUUACUAUGCAUUUUAAAGUGUUUUAGUUGAUUUUAAUGAUUUUAAUGACGUUAGAGAGAGAGGCAGAGAGAGCUAGGCCCACUUAUCAGUCACCUGAGAGGAUAAGGUGUCAGUGGUGCUAGUUGGACUUGGCUCUGGAAGAGAGAGGCUGAGAUAUGUUGUACAUAUUGCGAUAAAAUGAGCAUGUAUAUUAAUAUCCCAAAAAUAAGAGAACAAGAGCAAACCACUAACUCUCCACUACACAUAAUGUUAAAAGAGAUUACAGCAGAUUAUAGAAGAUAAUUGCAGUAAUCAUGUGUACUUGCUAAUCUGAACAACAAGAAUGAAAUUUUGAUAAACGGGCUCUCAGAUUUUCUGCAACAAAUGGCCCCAGGAUGCAUAAGGUGCUGCCCCCUAAUUAUUGUGAGGUACACAUCAAAGAUUGGGAUGAAUCUAAGCCUUCGUUCGGAACCUGUAUACCAACUCUAGAAUGAAAUUUAAUGUGACAGUGCUGCUAUUCUAUUCCAAUGUAUAGAAACUCAGAGAAUGAAAUCAGAUCACAGCAAUAAUCAGAACAACCACAGAGCAGAAGCUCUACCACUCAUUCACUGACUUCUCUGGAUAAUGAAAGCAUGUAGUACAGAUCACAACUAACCAAAGAGGACCAACAACAUCACUCGUACAGAAAACAACAACAAAAUUAGACUAAAGAACUACACAGGUCUGAAACUAAUAUGCUCUCAGAUCACAAAACAAAUUUCAAUGUAUAUUAAUCAUCACAGAGCAUUUUUCAUCCAACCAAUCCGUCUAGAUUAACAGAGAGGGAAAAAAGAAUUGUGAAACUGAAAUACUCACAAUGAGAUUCGCCUGAAAGCAAAAUCAAUCGAGGCAAGGCACUAUAAAGAAGCUGCUGUCCCAGAAAUCCUAUUCGCCGUUGUUGCCGCUGACAAGGAAGACGGAGCUACAAAGCCUCACCUCACCGUCGGCGCGUGCGGGCGAGCCUCGUCAAUCACAGCUCCAAUAAGCACCAACAUAGGAACUCCUUCACUCCCCCACUUCAAGCAUUGAAGCACCAAAACUGGAGCACAAGAUUCACUCGACUCCAAGUCAGAGAUGACAGUCAAACUCAAAGAGAAAGGAGUGAGGAAUCAAGAGAAAACAAGAGAUGUUUCCUCUGCCUUCAACAAGGAGAGGGAGCUGGCCUAGAUAUGGAGGCAUCCACCCUUCCACCCCAACAACUCCCGAAGGAAUCGCUGAGAGAUUGCGCUGCCGUUACAACCUCCAGCUGCCACCAGCUCCCUCUCUCUCCCUGCUCUCUCCUUUUUCCAUCUCUUGCCCUAGUCGACCAAUGCCCAACUUUUUUUGUCCAGCACCGAAUGGGCCUGGAAACCACAUAGACAGAUGGGCCAGCCGGUCCAGCAGAGAAAGGGCUCAAGAAAACAUUGAAAUUUAUAUUUUCCUCAAUAAGAUAGAGGGAGUGAGGGAGAGGGGUGGUGGCAGGCGGAGGCAUCCGA